AAAGAAGACUACGAAGAAGAACUAGAAACGAAUCCAUUUACACGCUCUGGAGGGGGGCCCUAAACGAUUCGUCUUCAUCCGUCAACGAAACGAACCAAGGAAAUAUUUUUUAACCUUUCUAUCAACCUGAAGUCAAUUUUAGAGUUGCGCUAGGCCCCCUCCCGAAUAUUGACUGAAAAUAGUAGAUUUCUAGAUUGAAUCAUGGCGGAUUCGAGCAACAGUGCUGCGGCGGCUGGAGCCACAGGCUCGAAUACUGGUGCCGCCGGGGCUGUUGCGCCCGAGGGAGCGACUGGAGCUGCGGGGAUAAAGCCCGUGUUGGAGGUGGUAAAGGGGCAGAACUUUGACGUUGGCCCCCGCUAUGUCAACCUCUCGUACAUCGGGGAAGGGGCCUAUGGAAUGGUUUGCUCGGCCCAUGACGGCAUGACGGAUUCUCGCGUGGCCAUUAAGAAGAUCAGUCCGUUUGAGCACCAGACGUACUGCCAGCGCACCCUGAGGGAGAUCAAGAUCCUGCUGCGGUUCCGCCAUGAGAACAUCAUCGGUAUCAACGACAUCCUGAGGGCCCGCCGCAUCGAGUGCAUGAGGGACGUCUACAUAGUGCAGGACCUGAUGGAGACAGACCUGUACAAGCUCCUGAAGACCCAGAUGUUGAGCAACGACCAUACCUGCUACUUCCUGUACCAGAUCCUGAGAGGCUUGAAGUACAUCCACUCUGCCAACGUGCUGCACCGUGACCUCAAGCCCUCCAACCUGCUCAUCAACACCACCUGCGACCUCAAGAUCUGUGACUUUGGGCUGGCACGGAUAGCUGACCCAGAGCAUGACCACACAGGCUUCCUGACAGAGUACGUGGCUACGCGCUGGUACAGGGCCCCUGAGAUCAUGCUCAACUCCAAGGGCUACUCCAAGUCCAUUGAUAUCUGGUCAGUGGGCUGCAUCCUGGCUGAGAUGCUGUCCAACAGGCCCAUCUUCCCUGGGAAGCAUUACCUGGACCAGCUCAACCACAUACUGGGCAUCCUUGGCUCUCCCACUCCAGAUGACCUGAACUGCAUCAUCAACAUGAAGGCCAGGAACUACCUGCAGUCUCUGCCUGAGAAACCCAAGAUCCCUUGGAACAAGCUGUUCCCCAAGGCGGACAGCAAGGCUCUGGACCUGCUGGGCCGCAUGUUGACCUUUAACCCUAUCAAGCGCAUCACGGUAGAGGAGGCCCUGGCUCAUCCCUAUCUGGAGCAGUACUACGACCCCACUGACGAGCCUGUAGCAGAGGAGCCGUUCACCUUCACCAUGGAGCUGGAUGACCUGCCUAAGGAGAAGCUGAAGGAGCUCAUCUUUGAGGAGACGUUCCGCUUCCAGGCCACCUACCAGGGCUCCUGAGACAUAGAGCUUUGAAGACGAGUGACAAAGCCACACGGAGACUCCAAAUGACAAGAUACAAAAAAAACAUAUAUACAGCAUACAAAAAAAAGGACCAGAAACAUGUACAUUUUUAAGUAUUUUUUUUGGCGGGGAAGCAGUUUUUUUGGUGGGGGGGGACUGUUGUCUACUUAAAGGAAAGAUUCACCCAUUUUGAAUUAUUGUUUUUGUGCAUCUCAGCAACGUUCUAUUGAUUCCUGGGUUUUUUUCAUGUGAAAUUUGGAUGGUGUGUCGUAGCAUUGCUAUAAAGUCGCUCUCACGACACUGGAAGUUAAUAGGAAUUCGACUUUUAGAUCGCAAAAACGCUUAUCAUACAUGUCAUAUUUGUCUCGGAUGAGCCAUUGAUCAUAUUUUUUGCGAUAUUCCCACCUUGAGAAAUGUGUAAUUAAAUAGAGGGUCCACCACAUCUCCUAUUUGUCUGCCUCUUUAGUCCAUGGUGCAUUUCAUGGUGCUAUUGCUUAUGUCAUAUUAGGUUAAACAUGGUGAGAGAGUACAAUUUUACAACUAACUAUUUCACAUGCUGGUAUUGACUCUGGUAUUAUUGUCUAGCUAGCUAGCUUGCCAGCCAGUCCAUAGAGAGAGCAUUGCAUUGUGGGUUUUGUUGUUGAAUUGAGCUGCAACAGAUAUCCCACAAGAUUUUCACAUGUUGCUACCAACCUUAUUAUAAAAAAAAUUUUUAUGAAAAUUUGUUCACAAAAAUACUGUCCUCACGUUAGUGUUAUUUAACACUGUAAAUUAUAGGAAUGAAUGAUUUUGGGUGGAUAUUUCCUUUAAGUACUACUGCGCUCAUUUUAACCACCAUCAGGAGACUCUUCUCUCUUUCUCUUCUUUUACUGCUUUCUGCGAGGAGUGUGUACUGUUUAAAAAGCAAGAACUUAAUCUGACCAACUCUAUUUACCACUCUCGUCCCUGUGAGCCUUUUCUCUUUUUCCCCUCUCUGUAAAUCUGUGUUCUUUCCAUCUCUUUCUCACUAGUCACAGUAUAUGUUACUGUAUUAACCUACACCUUAACUGUCUGUCUUGCUCCAUGGAAUUAUUGUUUGAGAAAGAAAUAGACAGGCGCUAGUUAGAUGUGUACAUAUAAAUGGUUUUGUUUGAGUGAUCUCGUGGAGGUUUGGUUUGUACACCGUUAUUUGAAUGUUUAUGAACAGUCAGGAGUCGUAUUUGUAUGUUUUGAAGUUUAUAUUUGAGAGAUUUUUGUUUGUUUUUUGGAACAUUGAUUUCUAGACAUGCUUUACUUGCGAAACAAACAUCCUAUGUUUUAACGGCAUGUUGGUGGUUUUAUAUUUUGUUAUCUUUUUCUUCUUUUGUUUAGAAAUAUGUAUGUUGUUAAUCUAAAUGAACACGCAUUCAUGCUUGAAAUGUACCAAAGUGGCAAAGGUAGAGUGGGAUGGAGGCAUGGAGAGAUGAGGAAUGGCUUGAAUCGUCUUUGUACUGUAACCCACAGCUGGUUUAUCUCCAUCCUCACUUAUUCAAAGAGGACGUCAGAGUUUUCAGAUAGAAAUACAUGGCCUAGAACAGUGAUUCCCUAUUCUCUGUGCUAGUCUCUGACUCCCUAACACCGAUCAGCAACAUGCCACAGACCCUCACCGGUCCUAAAAUGGGAGGUUAAAGAAAAACGGCAAUCUUUUUUGAAGAGGAGUGCCUAUAGUAUGUUUCUCUUCUCCCAAAACAAAAUGUCACUAAAUUCAACUUGAAAUCUGCCACCAUAUUAGAAAAUUCAAAUUUCUCCUCUCUGCCUAUUUGCCAUUCCCCUCUCUCUCCUCCCUUCAUGUGUCUGUUAUUGUUUCAGGGAGGACAGUGAUUUGUAAAUACUCUAUUCAGUUAUUUAGUUGUGGAGGGUGGCAGGCAGAAUCAGCAGAUAUAUGACUGAUAUUUACUUUACGCUUGUGUUAAACUGAAUGGUUGCCACGGUUAUGGUGUCUACGGUAAUUAGUGGCUGAUUUUGCUCUUUGUUUCCUUCUAAUGUGCCGUGUUUCAUGGUGGGCUUCGCUCAGAGCUUAACGCAUCGCUGUCACAUUUUCCACUCACAUCUAACAGUGGACCGCUUCAUUUUGACGUAGCACAUCCUUAGCACCUCAGAAGCUAUAAGCCUCUAUUCAUGGUAGAAGUGGCCCUACUUUCAGAUCUGGGAUCAGUUUAGCCUCUUCUAAUCCUUAUGUUUGGCCAUUUAGAGGAGGCGGAGAGUAAGUAUGAGUCCAGGGCUGUGUUCAGUAAGUUUUUUUUACGUUCAAUUGAACGGACACAAUGCUGUUGGGGAACGCUAUCAGCAUGGCUACUGCCCUUUAAAAAACGCUGUCAGUUAUGAGCAAACGUACCUGUCUGUUCAAGAAUAUUUUGGGGAAACGUGUCGGUGAGUACAAACCGUUCCGCAACGUAGCAAAUGUUAAAGCGAACUGAACGCACCUCUGAUGGAUCAGUGCAUAUGGGCAGUAUCAUCCAUUCCACACACCCCAAUUACCAGCCAUGCUUUACUCAAAGGGCUUUCCCCCUCAGGUCCCACCCACCACCCUUUUAUCUCGCUUUUGAUUGGCCGAGACCUACCAAACCACAUCCCAGGUUGGCUGCCAUUUGCUUACUCAUUUAAUUUUUCUCUUAUUUCCUGCUGUAAAUAGUUUUUGUUUCCUCCCCCCCCCUCCCUCAAUGAUUACUGUCCCCUCCCCAAUCAUGGCUAGAAAUGAAAGCAGAUCUGAUUUUAAAGUGGAGGAGCAUUGCUUGAGUGACAUCUGUCAGUCAUGUUGGGGGAAGAGGGGUUACUUGCGUCAAUCAUGUUUCUCAAUCAGCGCACCUGCACUUUGCCACGCUAACCAAACUUUUUCCCCUUCUGUUUUUUUCUUGUUUUCUUUUUUUCAACUGUUUUAGUCUUAAGUCAAGACAUCAGCCUACUCUUUUGCGCUUACUUCAAUUUGUUCUUUCCUCCCUCUUUAAUCUGCUUGCUUUUCUGGGCAGAUUUUUCAUGGAAGCUCACUGGAGCCCGUCACACUUUGAGUGUGUGCGUGUCGAAAGUGUCUUAACACACAUUUGCAGUGGACCCCCCCCCCCUGGUCCGCGCUGUUUCUUUGUGUGUGUCUGUAUAGUCUGUGGUUGAAACACAGCAGACACUACUCCAAUCGGCAGUGUGUAUGUGUCCCUCUGCGUCUGUUUUUUAAAAUCUUUUUGAAACGCACUCCAGAGGCUUUCCCGUUAUUUCUAUCUGCAUGUUUGGAUACUUGUGACCUGUCUGUGGUUCUCUGACCAAAAGCUGCUUACUAUCCCCCAACCCCUUUUUACCCCCCCACCAGCGACACGACCCAACUGACCGCCAGUCUCAACGGAGAACCAUGCGAAUGAACCAACGGGACCAUGUUUGCAAUACGCAAUCACUCACUUUUUUUCACAGACACGCGCAUACACACAUCCUUGCACACAAACACACCACAUAUGCACGGUGCACACAAUACAUGAAGAAAAACAAUGCAUAGUCAGGCCGGUUUCUAAAUAAUGUCCUUUUUAAAUGGCUGUUCUUAUUAUUGCUAUCGUUGUUAGUGGUGGUCUUUUUUUUUUUUUAACAUAAGGGAGUUGUAUCUUUUUCUUUUGUAUUAAUGUUUUUAUUUCUCUUUUGUUUCUCUUAUGGGUGUGCUAUAACUGGCAGUGUUUUCACUCUUUCUGGAAUCUAUUUUCCCCCAUUUUAUUCUUUUAAAUGAAGAUGAUAUGCCAUACGAGUAGGUUGUCAGAGAUAUGAGCUAUUGAGGGUUAUCGUCUAUGUAUAUUCUAUGGGUAUUAUGAAUUAAACAAUUAACAAAGAAACAAAAUUAUAUACAUAUAAUAAAUAAAAUUCCUGAUACUGGUAAA